UGACGAUUUUAGAUUGGAGCAGCAUUGAUUUUUCCUCUGGCGAUAGCUCACCAGAGGCACCAUUUCCGCCUGGUACCAAAGAGAAAGGAUUAUUCAUUAUAAAAAAGAGGAAGUUGUCUACUUAAGAAAGUGUGGAAUCUUUCUCGUUUAGUGUAAGUAAAGAUAUAGAAUGGAGUACCUGCCCAAAUAGGAGAGGAGAGAAGCUAUGGAUAUAUAUUCAGUAUAUUAAAGAAUAACUCAAUUAUAAAUAAUUGAAUGUACUGAACUUAAUCACUGAUUGAGGGUAUAAGCUUUUGUCAAGCAGGAAUGUUUUUAUGUUGCCGAUGCCAAACCCUUAGAUGCAACCCCACUAGCAAUUACGGCUUUCAAAGUCAAAUGAUUAGAGCUUUUAGAAAGAAUCUGAUGAAACAGCCUCUUAAAUUACCAUGCAGGUGUACUAUUUUGAUGAAAGACGAGAAAGGAUCAGGAAAAGGCAGUCACAUAUGUUCGAGACAGGUCAACACCAAAAUUGGCAGCUUGACACUCGAACUUUUCCAACACCGAGAAGUAAAUUAUAAACAGAAAUAAAAUGUCUGUCGAAUCUCAACCCGUUGAACAAGUCUCUCAACUUCCCGAGGGUUCUACCACCGUCGUCCAUGCCGAAAAGGCUCAAAAGUUGGUCCAAAAGUUGGGUCUUAAGCGUGUCGAAGGCAUCACCCGUGUUGCCAUGCGCCGUCCCAAGAACGUUUUAUUGAUUGUUAACGACCCCAUCGUUUACAAGAGCAGCAACAAUGCUUUCGUUGUCCUCGGUAAGGUCACCGUUGAAGACAUGGCUGCUCAAGCCCGUGCCUUCAGUGAAGCCCAAAAGAAGAAUGGUGAAGCUGGUGAGGGCGCUGCUGCUACUGAAGAGGCCGCUCCCGCUAAGGAAGAACCCGCUAAAAUCGAAGAAGCUGAAGAGCCUGUUGAUGACAGUGGUGUUGACGCCAAGGACGUCGAAUUGGUCAUGGCUCAAGCCAACGUCAACCGCGCCAAGGCUGUUCAAGCUUUGAAAGAAAACAACAGCGACGUCGUGAACGCCAUUAUGUCACUUACUAUGUAAACUCGCAAUACAAAUAUUGUGUAGAUUUUGUAUUCAUGGCUCCUUUACAUGAAAAAAAUAUCAUUACGUUUAUUUUAUGCCUUGUUCAAGUGCAUCGUAGAGAAGAGGUAAACCGUAAAAACUAUACUACAGAAGCUCGUGAUUAAAAUCACAUCGUAUAAGAAAUGGCGUACAAAA